CCAGCCAGCUCCACACACAGACUAACAGCUACACCCAGCCAGCUACACACAGACUAACAGCUACACCCAGCCAGCUCCACCCACAGACUAACAGCUAGAAGGACAACAGAAGCCUUAUGGAAUAUCAGCGUUGCCUGGCGGAAGAAUAGAGAGCCACUGGCAACAGGACAACAUUCUGGGGAACCGCAAGAGCCUCUUGUUGAGCAUCAAUAUGCUGUCCUUCUGCAGUUGGUCAGGUUGAAAUAUCACCAAACGCCUUCAGGUUGAAGCUCCUCCUGGUAGAAUCUGAGGGGCGAUGGGGAACACAGCCACUAAAUUCCGCAAGGCUCUGAUCAACGGUGACGAGGGUCUGGCCUAUCAGCUGUAUGAGGGGAGCCCCCAGUUUAAAGAGAGCCUGGACCCCAACACUUCAUAUGGCGAACCCUACCAACAUAACACUCCUCUGCACUACGCCGCCAGGCACGCCAUGACACGACUCAUCAGGUCCUUUCUCUUCAGUAAGGACGGCAACCCCAACAAGCGUAACGUUCACAAUGAGACGUCCCUCCAUCUCCUCUGUAUGGGCCCCCAGAUCCUAAUGGGGGAGGGGCCUCUGCAGCCGCGGCUGGCCCGACCCGAGCUGGACGAGAUGAAGAGGGCAGAGUGUCUCCAGAUCAUCCUGAAAUGGACCGGAGCCAAGCUGGACCAGGGAGAGUAUGAGAACGCCAACGUCAACUCCACUGACAAUAAGAAGAAUACAUCGCUGCACUACGCAGCCGCCUCGGGGUUGAAGAAGUGUGUUGAGAUUCUAGUAAAUAAGGAAGCGGACCUGUUUGCGGAGAAUGAGGACCGUGAGACGCCGUGUGACUGUGCAGAGAAGCAGCAUCACAAGGAGCUGGCCCUCAGCCUGGAGUCUCGGAUGGUCUUCAGUCUGGCCCCAGAGAGCAUAGAGGCAGAGUAUACUGCUCUGGACCACAGAGAGCUAUACGAGGGUCUGAGGCCUCAGGAGCUGCGUCGCCUGAAGGACAUGCUGAUAGUGGAGACGGCAGACAUGCUGCAGACCCCUCUCUUUACUGCUGAGGCUCUGCUUAGAGCACAUGACUGGGACAGAGAGAACCUGCUGGAGGCCUGGAUGUCUAAUGCUGAGGAAUGCUGCCAGCGGUCUGGGGUCCACAUGCCCAGUGCUCCUCCUAGUGGGUACAACGCCUGGGACACCCUGCCGUCCCCUCGUACCCCCAGGACCACCCGCUCCUCCAUCACCUCCCCUGACGAGAUCAGCCUCUCCCCCGGGGACGACGAUAGAACACCGUGUGGUGUCUGUAUGUGCCCCCUCUCUAUCUUCGAGGAACCGGUUGACAUGUCAUGUGGUCACGAGUUCUGCCGAGCCUGCUGGGAAGGGUUUCUGAAUCUGAAGAUUCAGGAAGGGGAGGCUCACAACAUCUUCUGCCCGGCGCACGACUGCUUCCAGCUGGUUCCUGUGGAGGUCAUAGAGAGUGUCGUCUCCAGAGAGAUGGACAAGCGCUACCUGCAGUUCGACAUCAAGGCGUUUGUGGAGAACAACCCAGCUAUCCGCUGGUGUCCCAAGGCGGGCUGUGAGCGGGCGGUGCGUCUCUCAUCCCGGGGUCCAGGUAGCAGCUCCUCAGACCCGUUCAGUCUACCUCUCCUCAGAGCGCCCGCUGUGGACUGUGGCAAGGGACACGUGUUCUGUUGGGAGUGCCAGGGAGAAGCCCAUGAACCAUGCGACUGCCAGACAUGGAAGAUGUGGUUGGCUGAAGUGACUGAGAUGAGACCCCAGGAAUUGGCUGGUGUGAGUGAAGCCUAUGAAGACGCAGCCAACUGCUUGUGGUUACUGUCAAACGCCAAACCCUGCGCCAACUGCAAGUCUCCUAUUCAGAAGAACGAAGGCUGCAACCACAUGCAGUGUGCUAAGUGUAAGUAUGACUUCUGCUGGAUCUGUCUGGAGGAAUGGAAGAAACACAGCUCGUCUACUGGAGGUUACUACCGCUGUACCCGCUAUGAGGUCAUCAACCAGGUGGAGGAGCAGAACAAAGACAUGACUGUGGAGGCUGAGAAGAAGCACAAGGGAUUCCAGGAACUGGACCGCUUCAUGCACUACUACACCCGCUUCCAGAACCAUGAACACAGCUACCAGCUGGAGCAGCGCCUGUUGAAGACAGCCAAAGACAAGAUGGAACAGCUGAGCAGAGCCUUGAGUGGACGAGACGGAGGCCCACCUGACACUACGUUCAUUGAAGAUGCUGUACUGGAGCUGCUGAAGACGCGUCGCAUCCUCAAGUGCUCUUACCCCUACGGCUUCUUCCUGGAGAUCAAAUCCACCAAGAAAGAGAUUUUUGAACUUAUGCAGACUGACUUGGAGAUGGUGACAGAGGACCUGGCUCAGAAAGUCAACCGUCCUUACCUCCGAACUCCCCGUCACAAGAUCAUCCGAGCGGCCUGUUUGGUGCAGCAGAAGAGACAGGAGUUCCUGGCCUCCGUCGCCCGAGGGGUGGCCCCCAGCGACUCCCCAGAGGCCCCUAGACGCAGUUUUGGAGGUGGAACGUGGGACUGGGAGUAUUUGGGCUUUGCAUCUCCUGAGGAGUAUACAGAGUUUCAGUACCGGAGGAGACACAGGGAUCGUCAACAGAGGAGACAGAGAGGGGACAUUCCCCAUCUUGACGAGCAUAGCGACAGCACUUUAGACACACAGGAAAUGGGAGGUGGGCGAAGACCUGGUCCCCCCAUGGGCUCAUUGGACGAGGACGAUCCCAACAUCCUAUUGGCUAUCCAGCUGUCACUCCAAGAGUCUGGGUUGGCGACGGCCGGGGACACUCCAGAGUUGUUGUCCAAUGAGGCGUCCCUGGGGGCCAUCGGCACCUCCCUCCCGUCCAGACUGGACGCGGAGUCCCAGAGGGUGGAGGUGGGGCCCCGGGGGGCCAUCAGCAGCCAGCGGCUCUAUGAAGGGGUUCCAGGGGUCUAUGCGUUACACCACCACCACUCAUCCCAGCAGCACUACAGCAACCACAAUCUCAACCCGUUUAGGGAGCCUUCUUCAGGUGAGGCUCUGUUCUCGUCCUCCAGUGGUACUGCGGACUCCACUACCACCGCAUCAACAGGGCUCCAGGACCCCUCACACCCAAACACCAACCUGCUGGGUAACAUCAUGGCCUGGUUCCAUGACAUGAACCCUCAGAGCAUCACCCUCAUCCCCUCCACCACCACCACCACCACCUCCUCAGACACAGACCUAGACUUCAACAUGGCAGCACAGACCACGGCCAACACAGCCUCCGAGGUGGAGGAGGAGGUCCAAGCUGACCUCCACCAGCCCCGUGCCACGCCCCAGAAAGGUGAGGGCGAGCUGGGGGAAGAUGUGGACUGUUUCCCCUUCCUCUCUCAGGGCCUGGAGAAGGAGGCUGAGAGGGAGAGACCCACCCAUCUAGACCUGACGGUGGGGUCAGAGGUCAUGGCCCCGUCCUACAUGGUGACUACCGGGACAGGGGACCGGGCCGGGGAGAGGCUCGCUGGGGGUAACGUUGUUCGCGUUGACACGCCCAUGUGUGACUCUGUGACCUCUGACCUUCUGCCUAGCACCAGCUCUUCAGAAUGGGAGGAGCAGAUACACCUUGUCUGAUUGGUGGAAGAAAAAAAAAUCUUAAGUGGGGACGGAGGAGAUACACCUGGUCUGAUUUAUGAUUGGAG